AUGACAAAUCCGGAGACAUACAAAGUCCCUGAAUUCAACGUCACCAAUGCUCAGCUCAAUCGAUUGAAUUACACCGAAACCAACCAUACUCUCUCUUACAACCUCGCCCUCAACAUCACCCUCACAAACCCCAAUAAGAAAAUCUUAUUUAAGUUGACUGACAUCCAAGUCAUUGCAUACCACCAAAACAAGAGAUUUGGUCUUGUGACUUUGAUGGAUAGGCAAACAUCGUUUGAUCAAAACCCUAAAAGUUCAAGCGUUUUUAAUAAUGCAGUUAUUCAAGGGUGGAAGCCUAUGAUGUUUGAGGAACCAGUGCUUCCCAAUGCUGACCUUUACAAUAUUGAUGUGGUGAUUGCUUUCCGAGAAAAAGGUGCUGGAUUGUCUGGCCAAGUCAUGUGCAAUCUGAAGCUUCCAUUGAGUUUUAAUGGAACAUCAUGGAAUUGUUACAAGACUAGAAAGUGCUCCAAAGUUUUUUAUUAUCGGGGUUCCUAA